UUUUCUCUAGAAACACCUCUACUAAGUUGUAAAAUAUGGAAGUGGAAAAAUCAGAAGAUUUGUUUGGCCGCUUACCAGAUGAAAUCCUUUGCCAAAUAAUUUCUUUCCUUCCUAGCGAAACUGCACUCGAAACGAGCUUCAUCUCAAGAAGAUGGAGAGGCCUGUGGAACUUAGCUUCAGUUCAACAAUCAACAGUAGUCGGCAUUGACACUGCUGUCACUAAAUUCCUCACUCGUUUUAACAAACUCAAUCCGUUAAGGCAAUCUAGGCGGCUGCGGUUACAAUAUGGCGAAAACAAAGUACUCUUAGUUACACUUGCAGCCGACGAUAAACUCAGAGUUGAUUUUUCAGCUAAGGAGAAAGAAUUUCCAAGCCAUUUUGAUUGGAAACUGCAGCUAAAUCACCAAAAUUCUGCUAAAAGUCUUUGUUGCUCCACUACUUUCUAUGUCAAGACUCUACAUCUAAAAUCAGUUGGGUUUGCCACCAAGGAGGUUGUUUCUUCUAUGGUCUCUAAAUUUCACUUCCUUGAGAACUUGAAAAUCAUCGAGUGUAAUGGCUUGAAAUCUGUCCAAAUUGAGUCCAGUAGUCCAAAGAUUGUAAACUUGACCAUUUUGGAUUGUCCUCAUCUAGAGUAUCUUCACCUUAAAACUUCCAAACUUCGAUCCUUUCGAUAUAGAGGGAAACUCCCUAGGAUUUGGCCUGAAUAUCAUUUUAAUUUGGCAGAUGCCAUGUUCGAUUUCAGACAAGGUCCUAGUACAGAUAAUCUCAUAAGUAGAACUAGUGACUUUGACCCUGCCUUGUUAACAAUAAAAAAUGCUCAAGUUGUUACUCUCUGUAGGUGGACUUUCGAGACCUUGAUAUGGCCCUCACUUUUUCCCUUGGAAGAGACUUUUCAAUUCUACAAGCUGCAUGAGCUUUGGUGGAUCGAUUACUCAGAGGAAGAUUACAACACAGAUGCCUUAAUAGCCUUUCUAAAACUUUGUCCUGCCUUAGAAAGGCUAUUUGUAACUGUUGAUCCUCAAAGCUAUUUUAUGCCAAGAUUGAGUACAAUCUCAAAGAAAUCUACUAGGCAUACAGAACUUGGUCAUCUCAAAGUGGUCAAACUUGAGGGUUUUAAGAAGCAAGAGGAUGAGAUUACAUUGAUUAAGAAAAUAAAAGAGCAGGUCACAGUAGAGCCACUUAUUAUAGCAGCAUCAGAAGAGAAUUUGGACAAGCAUUCUACAGAAGCACCUACUCCUAAACAUGCUCAAAUGAGUCUUUAGUACUUACAAAAUUUUAAACUAUCUAUUUUUUAAUAAAUCCAAAUGAAAAAGGAUUACUGGUAACUUUUAGGAAAUUUAUGUAAAACUGUAAGGGUGAAAAGUUAAAAGUUUGUCAAAUUUAUAUUAUAGAGAGGAUGCGUGUGUAAUAAUUUUGAACUCUGAAUGGUGAUAGGUUGACAAGUUGUGUGUCUUU